AUGACCUCGCUUUGGCCUUUUCUGGAAAAGCAUCCAGAGUACUGCCAGGAUUCUCUUCUGGAGCGCCAGGUGGAGCCCGAACGUGUCGUUCAGUUCCGCGUGUCAUGGGUGGAUGACAAGGGUGAAGUGCAGGUGAACCGGGCGUGGCGUUUUCAGUUCAACUCCAGCAUCGGCCCAUACAAGGGCGGCAUGCGGUUCCACCCCUCAGUGAACCUGUCUAUUCUUAAGUUUCUUGGCUUUGAGCAGACGUUCAAGAACUCCUUGACAACACUUCCAAUGGGUGGCGGCAAAGGUGGGUCGGACUUUGACCCCAAAGGGAAGAGCGACCGUGAAGUGAUGCGUUUUUGUCAGGCUAUGGUGACGGAGCUGUACCGCCACAUCGGUCCCGAUACGGAUGUUCCAGCUGGUGACAUCGGCGUUGGCGGUCGCGAGGUUGGCUACAUGGCAGGCAUGACUAAGAAACUGACAAACAACAAUGCCUGCAAAUUUACAGGCAAGGGCAUUUCGUUUCAGGGGAGUCAGAUGCGCCCCGAGGCUACGGGUUACGGCCUUGUCUACUUUUUGGAUGCCUUGCUGAAGAAGCAUAACCAGGAACUGAAGGGGAAGACCGUUGUUGUGUCGGGGUCUGGCAAUGUUGCGCAAUACGCUGUUCAGAAAUGCCUCCAACUGGGCGCGAAGGUGCUCAGUGUCUCAGACUCACGGGGUUGUGUGCAUGACGCUGAGGGCUUCACCCCUGAAAAGCUGAAGGUCUUGAUGGACAUCAAGAACGUGAAGCACGGCACUGUGGAGGAAUACGCAAAAGGGUUGGGGCUCCAGUACUAUGCAGGGAAACGCCCAUGGCUCAUCAAGGCGGAUAUUGCUCUUCCGUGCGCGACGCAGAACGAACUGGAGCUUGAAGAUGCGAAGGCACUGAUAAGGAAUGGUGUCACGGUUGUUGCUGAGGGUGCAAACAUGCCGACAACGACGGAUGCGACCAUGGAACUCAUCAAGGCCGGUGUGCUGUUUGCCCCCGGAAAGGCUGCCAACGCCGGCGGGGUCACCAUCUCUGGUUUGGAGAUGUCGCAGAACGCAGCGCGUCUAAGCUGGACAGCCGAGGAGGUGGAGCAAAAACUCCGCGAUAUCAUGAACUCCAUCCACGACGCGUGCGUGAAAUAUGGCACAGAGGGUGGCAAGACGAAUUACGUGAAUGGGGCCAACAUUGCCGGCUUUGUGAAGGUCGCGGAGGCCAUGAAGGGUCUUGGCGUAGUUUGA